CCUUAACCAGACUUUCCAGACCAUUUGACAUAUUUAUAUUAUUGGCGAUUUUUGCCAAUUGUGUGGCCUUAGCUGUUUACAUCCCAUUCCCAGAAGAUGAUUCUAACUCAACCAAUCAUAACUUGGAAAAAGUAGAAUAUGCCUUCCUGAUCAUUUUUACAGUUGAAACAUUUUUGAAGAUUAUAGCCUAUGGAUUAUUGUUACACCCUAAUGCUUAUGUUAGGAAUGGAUGGAAUUUGCUGGAUUUUGUAAUAGUAAUAGUAGGAUUGUUUAGUGUAAUUUUGGAACAAUUAACCAAAGAAACAGAAGGAGGUAACCACUCUAGUGGCAAAUCAGGCGGUUUUGAUGUCAAAGCCCUCCGCGCCUUUCGAGUGUUGAGACCACUUCGGCUAGUAUCAGGAGUGCCCAGUUUACAAGUUGUCCUGAAUUCCAUUAUAAAAGCCAUGGUUCCCCUCCUCCACAUUGCCCUUUUGGUAUUAUUUGUAAUCAUAAUCUAUGCUAUUAUAGGAUUGGAACUUUUUAUUGGGAAAAUGCACAAAUCUUGUUUUUUCACUGAUACAGAUAUCUUAGCCGAAGACGACCCAGCACCUUGUGCGUUCUCAGGGAAUGGGCGCCAGUGCACCGCCAAUGGCACGGAAUGUAGAAGUGGAUGGGUUGGACCAAACGGAGGCAUAACCAACUUUGAUAAUUUUGCCUUUGCAAUGCUUACUGUUUUCCAAUGUAUUACUAUGGAAGGCUGGACAGACGUGUUGUACUGGGUAAAUGAUGCAAUAGGAUGGGAAUGGCCAUGGGUGUAUUUUGUUAGUCUGAUCAUCCUUGGCUCAUUUUUCGUCCUUAACCUGGUUCUUGGUGUGCUUAGUGGAGAGUUCUCAAAGGAGAGAGAGAAGGCCAAGGCCCGGGGGGACUUCCAGAAGCUCCGCGAGAAGCAGCAGCUCGAGGAAGAUCUGAAGGGCUAUCUGGACUGGAUCACGCAGGCUGAAGACAUCGACCCCGAGAACGAGGACGAAGGCGGGGAGGAGAACAAGCGGAGCACAAGCAUGCCCACCAGCGAGACGGAGUCCGUGAACACGGAAAACAUCAGUGGCGAGGGUGAGACCCAAGGCUGCUGCGGCCGGCUCUGUCAAGCGAUCUCCAAAUCCAAGCUCAGCCGACGUUGGCGUCGCUGGAACCGUUUCAGUCGAAGAAGAUGCCGAGCUGCAGUGAAAUCAGUGUCGUUCUAUUGGCUGGUGAUUGUCCUCGUGUUCCUCAACACCUUGACCAUUUCCUCUGAGCAUUAUAAUCAGCCUGACUGGCUGACCCAGAUUCAAGAUAUUGCCAACAAAGUUCUCCUGGCCAUGUUCACCUGUGAGAUGCUAGUGAAGAUGUACAGCCUGGGUCUCCAGGCCUAUUUUGUCUCCCUUUUCAAUCGGUUUGAUUGUUUUGUGGUGUGUGGUGGGAUCACUGAGACCAUCCUGGUGGAACUGGAAAUCAUGUCUCCUCUGGGCAUCUCUGUGUUUCGAUGUGUGCGUCUUUUGCGCAUUUUCAAAGUGACCAGGCAUUGGACAUCUCUCAGCAACUUGGUAGCGUCUUUGUUAAACUCCAUGAAGUCCAUCGCUUCUCUCUUGCUCCUUCUCUUCCUCUUCAUCAUCAUCUUCUCCUUGCUUGGAAUGCAGCUGUUCGGGGGCAAAUUUAACUUUGACGAGACCCAGACCAAGAGGAGCACCUUCGAUAACUUUCCUCAAGCUCUUUUAACAGUGUUUCAGAUUCUUACAGGUGAAGACUGGAAUGCUGUCAUGUAUGAUGGAAUUAUGGCCUAUGGAGGCCCGUCUUCUUCAGGAAUGAUCGUCUGUAUAUACUUCAUUAUUCUCUUUAUUUGUGGUAAUUAUAUUCUGUUAAAUGUUUUCUUGGCCAUUGCGGUGGACAAUUUGGCGGAUGCUGAAAGUCUGAAUACUGCCCAGAAGGAAGAAGCAGAGGAAAAGGAAAGGAAAAAGACUGCCAGAAAAGAAAGUUUGGAGAAUAAAAGGAACGACAAGCCAGAAGUCAACCCGAUGGCUAACAGUGACCACAAGGUUAUAAUCGAUGAUUACAGAGGAGAGGAUGAAGACAAGGACCCUUACCCACCAUGUGAUGUCCCAGUAGGAGAAGAGGAGGAGGAGGAAGAAGAUGAACCAGAGGUUCCUGCUGGCCCCCGCCCCCGUCGAAUCUCAGAGUUGAAUAUGAAGGAGAAGAUCAUCCCCAUUCCCGAAGGAAGCGCGUUCUUCAUUUUUAGCAAAACAAAUCCAAUUCGAGUGGGCUGCCACAGACUUAUCAAUCACCACAUCUUUACCAACCUCAUCCUUGUCUUCAUCAUGCUCAGCAGUGCGUCCCUCGCUGCUGAAGACCCCAUUCGGAGCCACUCCUUUCGGAAUAUCAUACUGGGUUACUUUGACUAUGCUUUCACAGCCAUCUUUACUGUCGAAAUCCUGUUAAAGAUGACAACUUUUGGAGCAUUCCUUCACAAAGGGGCAUUCUGUAGGAAUUACUUCAACUUGCUGGAUAUGCUGGUUGUGGGCGUUUCUCUGGUAUCGUUUGGGAUCCAAUCAAGUGCUAUCUCCGUGGUGAAGAUUUUGAGGGUCUUAAGGGUCCUGAGGCCUCUCAGGGCCAUCAACAGAGCAAAAGGACUUAAGCAUGUGGUUCAGUGUGUCUUUGUCGCUAUUCGAACCAUAGGCAACAUCAUGAUUGUCACCACCCUGCUUCAGUUCAUGUUUGCCUGCAUUGGGGUGCAGCUGUUUAAGGGGAAGUUCUACCGGUGCACGGAUGAAGCCAAAAGUAACCCUGAAGAAUGCAGGGGACUCUUCAUCCUUUACAAAGAUGGCGAUGUUAAUAGCCCCAUGGUUCGGGAGAGAGUUUGGCAAAAUAGUGAUUUCAACUUUGACAAUGUUCUCUCGGCGAUGAUGGCUCUUUUCACAGUCUCCACAUUUGAAGGAUGGCCUGCGUUAUUGUAUAAAGCGAUCGACUCCAAUGGGGAGAACGUUGGCCCAAUUUACAACUAUCGGGUGGAGAUUUCUAUCUUCUUUAUCAUCUACAUCAUCAUUGUGGCCUUCUUCAUGAUGAAUAUCUUUGUGGGCUUUGUGAUUGUCACCUUUCAGGAGCAGGGGGAGAAAGAGUACAAGAACUGUGAGCUGGACAAGAACCAGCGUCAGUGUGUCGAAUACGCCUUGAAAGCCCGGCCCCUGCGGAGAUACAUUCCCAAAAAUCCCUACCAGUACAAGUUCUGGUACGUGGUGAACUCCUCCCCCUUCGAGUACAUGAUGUUCGUCCUCAUCAUGCUCAACACUUUGUGCUUGGCCAUGCAGCAUUACGAGCAGUCCAAGAUCUUCAAUGAUGCCAUGGACAUCCUGAACAUGGUCUUCACAGGAGUGUUCACUGUGGAGAUGGUCCUGAAAGUCAUCGCAUUCAAACCCAAGGGAUAUUUUAGUGAUGCCUGGAAUACGUUUGACUCCCUCAUCGUUAUCGGCAGCAUUGUAGACGUGGCCCUCAGCGAAGCGGACCCAACUGACAAUGAGAGUAGCCCCGUCCCUGUCCCAACCGCUGCUCCUGGGAACUCGGAAGAGAGCAAUAGAAUUUCCAUCACCUUUUUCCGUCUUUUCCGAGUGAUGAGGCUGGUGAAGCUUCUCAGCAGAGGGGAAGGAAUCCGGACGCUGCUGUGGACUUUUAUCAAAUCUUUUCAGGCUCUCCCAUAUGUUGCCCUUCUCAUAGCUAUGUUGUUCUUCAUCUAUGCUGUCAUCGGGAUGCAGAUGUUUGGGAAAGUGGCCAUGAAAGAUAACAACCAGAUCAAUAGAAACAACAAUUUCCAGACAUUUCCGCAAGCUGUGUUGCUCUUGUUCAGGUGUGCCACUGGUGAGGCUUGGCAGGAAAUCAUGCUGGCGUGUCUCCCUGGGAAGCGGUGCGACCCGGAAUCUGAUUAUAGUCCUGGGGAGGAAUUCACAUGUGGCAGCAAUUUUGCCAUUGUUUAUUUCAUCAGUUUUUAUAUGCUCUGUGCUUUUCUGAUCAUCAAUCUGUUCGUGGCUGUCAUCAUGGACAACUUUGAUUAUCUGACUCGUGACUGGUCUAUUUUGGGUCCACAUCAUUUGGAUGAAUUCAAGAGAAUAUGGUCGGAAUAUGACCCAGAAGCGAAAGGAAGAAUUAAGCACCUCGAUGUGGUGACUCUGCUGCGCCGGAUCCAGCCGCCCCUGGGGUUUGGCAAACUGUGCCCACACAGAGUAGCCUGCAAGAGAUUGGUUGCCAUGAACAUGCCUCUCAAUAGUGAUGGAACGGUCAUGUUUAAUGCCACGUUAUUUGCCUUGGUUCGAACGGCUCUCAAAAUCAAGACUGAAGGCAAUCUGGAACAGGCAAAUGAGGAGCUGCGAGCAGUCAUCAAGAAAAUAUGGAAGAAGACCAGUAUGAAGCUUCUGGAUCAAGUUGUCCCUCCAGCUGGUGAUGAUGAGGUAACCGUGGGGAAGUUCUAUGCCACUUUCCUGAUACAGGACUACUUUAGGAAAUUCAAGAAACGCAAAGAACAAGGCCUGGUGGGAAAGUACCCUGCGAAGAACACCACGAUUGCUCUACAGGCAGGAUUAAGGACCCUUCAUGAUAUUGGGCCAGAAAUCCGUCGCGCUAUAUCAUGUGAUUUGCAAGAUGAUGAACCCGAGGAAAAAAAACAGGAGGAAGAGGAAGAUGUAUUCAAAAGAAAUGGUGCCUUGUUUGGAAACCAUGUCAAUCAUGUCACUAGUGAUAGGAGAGAUUCCCUUCAGCAGACAAAUACCACCCACCGUCCCCUGCAUGUCCAAAGGCCUUCAAUUCCAUCUGCAAGCGAUACUGAGAACCCAAUGUUUCCUCCAGCAGGAAAUUCGGUGUAUCCUAACCAUCAUAACCAUAAUUCCAUAGGAAAGCAAGUUCCCAACUCAACAAAUGCCAAUCUCAAUAAUGCCAAUAUGUCCAAAGUUGCUAACGGGAAGCACCCCGGCAUUGGAAACCUUGAGCAUGUGUCUGAAAAUGGGUAUCAUUCACUCCACAAGCAUGAGCAUGCGCCUCAAAGAAGGUCAAGUAUCACCAGAACCCGCUAUUACGAAACUUACAUUAGGUCUGGUUCCGGUGACGGGCAGCUCCCUACCAUUUGCCGGGAAGACUCGGAGGGCUAUGACUACUUUGGGGAUGACCAGUGCGUGGGGGAGCAGGAGUAUUUCAGUGGCGAUGAGUACUAUGAGGACGACUGCAUGCUGGUGGGCAGCAGGCCAGCGGUGGACUUCUGCCACAGAGGCCCCGGCUACGGUUAUGGCUACGGCUCCGCCUACGAGAGGCCCUGGGCUUCCCAGCGCCCCCACGGCAUCCUGGACGAGGACUCCCCGGCCCACUACGAGUCCAGGAGAUCUCCCCGGAGACGGCUGCUGCCCCCCACGCCCACAACAAAUCGGAGGUCAUCCUUCAACUUUGAGUGCCUGCGUAGGCAGAGCAGUCAAGAUGAGAUCACUCUGUCUCCUUCCUUCCAUCAUCGUGCAGCUUUGCCCCUGCACCUGAUGCAGCAACAGAUCAUGGCAGUUGCAGGCCUGGAUUCUAGUAAAGCUCAGAAGUACUCACCAAGUCACUCCACGCGGUCAUGGGCUACUCCACCAGCCACCCCUCCGUACAAGGAUCGGACUCCUUACUAUACUCCCCUGAUUCAAGUGGAAAGGUCUGACUCCCUGGAUCAGAUGAACGGAAGCCUGCCCUCCUUACACCGGAGCUCCUGGUACACGGACGACCCCGACAUCUCCUACCGGACAUUCACCCCGGCCAGUCUGACCAUCCCCAGCGACUUCAGGCACAAGCACAGUGACAAGCAGAGGAGCGCCGACAGCUUGGUGGAAGCCGUCCUGAUCUCAGAAGGCUUAGGUCGCUACGCUAGGGACCCUAAAUUUGUGUCUGCUACGAAACACGAGAUCGCCGAUGCCUGUGACAUGACCAUCGAUGAGAUGGAAAGCGCAGCAAGUAACCUUCUGAAUGGCAAUAUGAGCAAUGGGACCAAUGGGGACAUGUGUCCCAUCUUAAACAGACGAGACGACGAAUUCCCUGACUUUGGUCCUGGUUAUAGUGAUGAGGAAGCAGACCCUGGUAGAUAUGAAGAGGACUUGGCUGAUGAGAUGAUAUGCAUCACAACCUUAUAGUGUUUAGAGAAAAACUCGCUGCAGUGUAAAUAAUGGGGUGAAAAGGGCCUCGUAGUGGGCAGUAGCUAAUCCGACUGGUCCGAGUGAAGGACCUUUCAAGGAAGCCAUAAUCCUGUAAGGGAGUCUGUCCUGAUUGGUGCAGCCCAGGGAAAACCUCUGUCCCAGAGGCCGAUGUCCCUCACAGGGAACAGCCCCAUUGAACCAAAGCAGGUUCAAACCACCUUUUUGGAGAGAAAGAAAGAGUCAUGUUCCACCUUGCCCGUCCUUCAAAUCUACGUUACGUCUUUGAGAAAGGUUUUUGUGAAAAGCAUUUGUCGGUGCGUUGUGUGUCUCUUUACGCACGCAAAGGGUGAAAGGUGAUGGCAGUGCCAGCUGGCCGUGUCAUUAUCUUGUCAUCACUUUAGCAUAUCAAGUAAGUGUGUCCUGGCCAUAUCCAUUUUAACUCUCCCUCCUUUACUUUCCCCCCAAAUUGUAUCCAAAUUUCUGUCUCCCCCUCUUCUGAAAUAUAUCAUGUCAGACUCUACCUGUCAGAAGUAUGAAAAGGGAAAAAACCCUCCUGAUUCUGUUAUGUAACACCAGUUUACAUAGGCAAAUAUCAUUGAGAUAGUCUAUUUUCUGACUGUCACAUUAAGGGCAAAUCUACACUGGAAUAACUGCAUUCUUACCAAUGCAAUCACAACCAGGUAAACUUAGCAUUAGACAAGAUCGUUUGUUUAAAAAAAUAUAUAUCAUAGAGAUUUCCUGUACAUGACUUGUAACAUACUAUAAUUUGUAUUUGUAAAGAGAUGGUCUAUAUUUUGUAAUUAUUGUACCAUAAUGGAGCUGCAGCAAUAUCCAUGCAUCCGAAUUAUUGUGGUUCUCCACUGAACCCUUGAGAUGGAAGAAUACUUACCCGUAUUUUUACUUGGGAUGUAGAGAGCUACAGGAGAGUAUUUAAACCGAGCCACCUCUUCUUGCUUCAAUGUGAAUUUCUUUGGAAAGCAAAAUUUUGAGUUCAAAGAAACUUGACACAAUGAGAUUUUCUAAAAUAUUUUGAGUUGAUACAAAUCUCUCUUUAAACAAGAUAUGCACAAGUGACUCUGCAGUCUUAGAUUUGGGAAAGGUUCAUCUAAUUGGAAACUGUACCCCUUCUAAUCCCCAGUGGGUCGCCAUCAUUUCCUAGGUGACCCUCUGAUUCAUGGCAAUUAUUAAAGUUUUUGAGCCAGU